CUAAACCCUAAUGAUCAACGUCGCACGGUUUUUUCUCUGGUCGCACGGUUUUUUCUCUCGUCCUGGAGAGCUCUCGUUUUUUCCUCUUUUGAAUAGUGCGACGUUUUGUUUUCCCGCGCUGGCCGAGAGCUCCUUUCUCUGCUGGUUUCGCUGUGAUUCUCGAUUCCUCUAUUCUGUUCCGUUGUUUCUCUGUAUCUGUAUCUCAUCUGUUUGUGGUGCUCUCCCUCUGUUUGCCUGGUUUCACUGGCUCUAUGGCUGAUGAGAUUGUGUUAAAGCUUUCUGGGAUGGACCUGACAGAAGAUGAAGAGGCGCUCAUUAGUAUAGACGAAUCAGUUACCAGUGAAGGGGUUGAAGAAGCGAUUAAAGAACUGGGGGUGGCAGGGAAGAUUGUCACGGGCAAAUUCCCUUCCGAGAAAAUACUGAAAAGAAUCCUAAGCGAAGCCUGGAAACUGAAGAAAGAGUUCGAUGUUCAAGUAAUGAGAAGUAAUAUUCUCAGAAUCCAGUUGUACUGCGUUGAAGACAAAAACAAGAUCCUACAUGGGGGUGAAAAGAAGGGUGAAAAGAAGCUGGAAAAGAGCCCACAGGAUGGUGAAACAACCCUCUGUGUGUAUGAAGACCUUUCGAGGGAGCUAAAGGGUGCUAGCGUGCGGGAUAGAGAAGGGAAUGAUCAGAAUCAAUGGGGUGACAGGGAGGAAGAACAAGGGAAGGAGACUCAAAUCAGUGAACAGGUGACUACUAAGGAGGAGGAGGAUAGAAGGGUUGUUGUUAAACAAUUGAGGAUGGAGGACAUCUCUCAACUGAAACCUCUGAUGAGUCAAAAGGAGGAUGAAAGGAGGAAGUGGAAAAGAGUUGUUAGGAAGAAAUCUCCCAAUGAUGAGCAAAAUCAGAGUCAGGGGUCUACUGGAAAAAGGGGGGCACCAGAGGCUAUGGACGUGGAUGUGGUGUCCUGUGUAGAAAAACGUCCAAAAGGGAAUACUAUUACAUCAGUGGAUGGCGAUGUGGCGGACCUUGCGGAUGAGCAAGGCCGCCGAGCCCAAUGAAGAUCCUAAGCUACAACUGUCGAGGUUUGGGCAGCCCCUCGGCAGUUGCUAAACUAAAAAGGCUGGUCAGAAGGAAUCAACCCCAUAUUAUCUUUCUUAUGGAAACAAAAAAGGAUGAGAAAGGUUGGAAGGAAGUUCAAAAGGCUCUUGGGUAUUCUGGUGGUCUGGGUGUGGCGGCUAGUAACGAGAAAGGUUGGAAGGCAGGGGGAUUAUGCUUGUUUUGGACGGAGGAUGUCCUGGUCUCAAAACUGGAUUCCUCCCUCCAUCAUAUUGAUGUUAUCAUUUCGUCAAACAAUGAGGAGGAGCGUUGGCGCUUCUCGGGUUUCUAUGGUUGGGCCACCAGAGGGGAAAGAUUCGAUUCUUGGAAUCUUCUUAGAAGUCUUAGAAAUGGCUGUAACCUACCUUGGGUUUGCAUGGGGGAUUUUAACCAAAUUUUGUCGGGGGAAGAAAAGAGAGGGGGAAACCCCAUUAAUGAAGCUCAGAGUUUAAGGAAGCUCUGGAAUUCUGUGGCCUUCUUGACUGUGGGUUUGAAGGUUAUCCUUUCACAUGGGAGAAUAACAGGGAUAACGACAG